AGGGAGAGACGUACCCACUCCCUCACCUUCCACGGCUCUUCCAGGACGAACACGGUUAAUAGACGGACCCCGGUGUGCGGACUGGCGCGUGCGAAUUAACUUGUAAUUGAAGAAUUGCGCUCGAAAUUGAAUUUCUACUUCGUGUCUCUCCAGCGAGGGCAACGACAGAGAACAGUUGAGCGAAGCUGACGUUAACCCGUUCCACAGGGGAGAGAGAGACACGGGAGCUGCCACGAAUAGAUCCAGUCUACGACCCCGGUCGGCCGGGAUAAGACCUCGUGCUCCUCCGCUCGUGGACUCCUUUACCUUUUUCCCCCUCGCGCUUCUUCUACAGUCUGGGUUGGUUCUAAACUGUUGUGUUUUUUUUUUUUUUUUUUGGCUGUUGGUUACUGAAGUGGAUUUUCGUGCUUGUUACAAACUGAAGACGGGACUAAAUCGCAGUGGUUCGGAGAAGGAGAGAAAUGCCAACGGCGGUGACAAAGAGGAGAUUCAGUGUUAGUCUUUGAUCCUGUCAGAGUGGGACGUGUCUAGCAGGGGACUGAGGAGGAGGCAGUGCCAACCUGGAACAUGGUGCCUAAUAUUCACCUGAUAGUGCCCCUCGUGCCCAGAGGGGCGUUGCGGUUCCUGCUUCUUCUCAGCUGCGUGGUGUUCUUCUCUCUAGCAGACAGUUUGCCGAGUUUUGUCAAAUCCCCCGAGGACCAGACAGGGAUCUCGGGAGGCGUUGCGUCGUUUGUGUGCCAGGCCACCGGGGAGCCCAAACCCAGAAUCACCUGGAUGAAGAAAGGCAAAAAAGUCAGCUCGCAGCGCUUCGAGGUGAUUGAGUUUGAUGACGGUUCGGGCUCCGUACUGCGGAUCCAGCCGCUGCGCACACACCGAGAUGAAGCUAUUUACGAGUGCACAGCCACCAACAGCGCCGGUGACAUCAACACCAGCGCCAAGCUCACUGUGCUUGAAGAGAACCAGAUCCCUCAUGGUUUCCCCACCAUAGAUAUGGGCCCCCAGUUGAAGGUGGUGGAAAAGACCAGGACGGCCACCAUGCUGUGUGCUGCCAGCGGGAACCCAGAUCCAGAAAUCUCUUGGUUCAAGGACAUGCUGCCAGUGGACAUCAGCAGCAGCAACGGGCGAAUAAAACAGCUCCGCUCAGGAGCUCUGCAGAUUGAGAACAGCGAGGAGUCAGACCAGGGGAAGUACGAAUGUGUCGCCAUGAACAGCGCUGGGACCCGUUACUCUGCCCCCGCCAACCUCUACGUACGAGUGCGAAGAGUCCCACCCAGAUUCUCCAUUCCACCCACAAACCAAGAGGUGAUGCCUGGUGGAAGUGUCAACCUAACGUGCGUGGCAGUGGGCUCGCCCAUGCCCUACGUCAAAUGGACGAUGGGUUCGGUGGACCUGACCAAGGAGGAAGAGAUGCCAAUGGGACGCAACGUUCUGGAGGUUACCAACAUCCGCGAGUCGGCCAACUAUAGUUGUGUGGCCAUCUCCUCCCUGGGCAUGAUCGAAGCCACUGCUCAGGUCACAGUGAAAGCAUUGCCAAAGCCCCCAACUUCACUCAUUGUGACGGAGACCACAGCCACUAGUGUGACUCUGACUUGGGACUCUGGAAACCCAGAACCUGUGUCAUACUACAUGAUCCAGUACAAAGCCAAGACGUCAGACAACGGCUUUCAGGAAGUGGAAGGAGUGGCUACAACCCGUUACAGCAUCGGUGGACUUAGCCCCUAUUCUGAGUAUGAGUUUCGUGUCAUGGCCGUCAACAACAUCGGCCGGGGACCACCUAGUGACCCUGUGGAGACACGUACAGGUGAACAGGCCCCCUCCUCGCCGCCCCUGCACGUCCAAGCCCGUAUGCUGAGCGCCAGUACCAUGCUAGUCCAGUGGGAACCACCCGAGGAACCCAACGGGCAAAUCCGAGGCUACCGGGUGUACUACAGCUCGGACCUGACAGCUCCGCUCAGUGCUUGGCAGAAGCACAACACGGAUGACAGCAGCUUGACAACCAUCUCCGGCCUGACUCCUGAUAUCACCUACAGCCUGAGGGUGCUGGGCUUCACGUCUGUAGGUGAUGGGCCACCUUCUGACAUACUGCAAGUGAAAACACAGCAAGGAGUCCCUGCACAACCGUCCAGUUUUGAUGCCGAAGCUGAGCAGGACACCCGCAUCAUGCUAACGUGGCUGUGGCCUGUACAGGACCCCAUCACUAAGUAUGAGCUGCAGUACUGGGAGGCUGGAUCAGACAACAAGAUACAUGUCUCCUUCAACCCGACGGGUUCCCAUGCUGUAGAGGGUCUUAAACCAGACACUCUGUACCGUUUCUCCCUGGCAGCCCGUUCUGAAGUGGGUUUAGGUGUCUACACCCAGCCCAUUGAGGCUCGCACCGCCCAGUCCACCCCAUCAGCCCCCCCUCAGGAGGUCAACCUGGUUAGCCUGAGCUCCACCAGCCUCAAGGUGAGUUGGGUGGCUCCACCCGCCGCUAGUCGCCACGGCGCUAUCGUGCGCUACACAGUCAGCUACCAGGCCCUGGCCGGAGAGGACACGGAGCGACACGAGGUGACGGGCAUCGGUGCGGACGCCACCAGCUACGUGCUGGAGGGCCUGGAGAAGUGGACUGAGUAUCAGGUGUGGGUGAGGGCACACACUGACGUGGGCCCAGGCCCAGAGAGCGCCCCGGUGAGGAUGAGAACCAAAGAGGAUGUGCCCGGAGCGCCGCCCAGGAAGCUGGAGGUGGAGGCAAUAAACUCCACAGCGAUCCGGGUCACCUGGAAGCCACCGCUGCCGGGGAAGCAGCACGGCCAGAUCCGAGGCUACCAAGUGAUCUUCUCCCGGCUUGAAAACGGCGAACCGCGAGGCCAGCCUAACAUCAUGGAUGUGGCUUUGCCGGAGGCUCAGGAGGCCAUCAUCGGUGGACUGCAGUCUGAAACCACUUACUCUGUUACUGUGGCAGCGUACACCACCAAGGGAGAUGGAGCUCGGAGCAAAGCUAAAGUCAUCACUACGACUGGAGCAGUGCCAGGUAGACCCACUAUGAUGAUUAGCACCACCAUGGGCAACACAGCUCUGAUUCAGUGGCAGCCUCCUAAAGAAAUGGUGGGGGAGUUGAUUGGAUACCAACUGCAGUACAAGCGCGUUGACGAGGACUCCUACACUUCACGAGAGCUGAGGAAGACUGACGACCACUACACGGUGACCAACCUGCACAAAGGAGCCACCUAUGUCUUUCGCCUCAGCGCACGUAACCGCGCAGGCAUCGGCGAGGCCUACGUAAAGGAGAUCAGCACCCCGGAAGACGUUCCCUCUGGAUACCCACUCCAGCUGCAAGUAACAGGACUAACUCAGUCCAGCACCCAGCUGACGUGGCAGCCACCCGUUGUGUCCGAAAGGAAUGGAAAGAUCAUAUACUACGUGGUGGUGUACAGAGACAUCAACAGCCAGCAGAACAGCACAAACCGCACCUCCGACACGCACAUGACCAUCCACAGCCUUAAGCCUGACACCACCUACGACAUCCGGGUGCAGGCAUUCACCAGCAAGGGCGGGGGACCCCUCAGCCCCAGCAUCCAGAGUAGGACCAUGUCCAUUGAUUUUCCCACGCUAAACUUUGGUGUCAAAGCUAUCAUGAAAACAUCUGUCCUCCUCACCUGGGAUUUGCCACAAAACUACAAAUCCCAAGCACCUUUUAAGAUUUUGUACAACCAGCAAAGUGUGGAAGUACAAGGAAUCCUAAAGAGGAAGCUAAUCACACAGCUGCAGCCAGACACGGAUUACUCUUUUGUGCUGACAAGCAGGGGAAACAUUGCCGGGGGUCUACAGCAGCAGGUGUCCAUCCGCACUGCCCCUGACCUGAUCAAGACCAAACCCAUUAACAAUCCACAUCAGGCUACGGGUGGCAAAAUGACCAUAAACCUGCCCAAGGUCCAGACCAACACUCGUAUCAGGUGGUACUACAUCGUGGUGGUGCCGGUGUCCCCGUCGACGCGUAGGUGGAAGAAUCCAGACGAGAUGGACCUGGACGAGCUGCUGAAGUCAAAUGAUGGACCCGUACUGAGACGUCGUCGUCACCUGGACUCCUCUAAGCCUUACAUCGCCGCCAAGCUGGCCUCACUGCCGACUUCCUUCACCCUGGGCGAUGAGAAAACAUACAACGGCUUCUACAACAAGCCCCUAACUAGUCAGCAGGAUUAUCUGUGCUUUGUCUUGGCUGCGCUCCGAGAUGAACAGCAAGACUCCAGUGAUAAAUAUAUGACAUUUUCAGCCAGUCCGUACUCUGACGUAAUCCAGGUCUCGCCAAGCACCAUGGCUACAGGGAUGGAGAAACCUGAAAUGCUGUGGGUGAUGGGCCCAGUGCUGGCUGUGGUCCUGAUCAUCGCUAUCGUCAUCGCCAUCCUGCUCUUUAAAAAAAAGCGGGCAUCGCCUCUACCCAAAGAUGAGCACUCAGGAGGUGUAAAAGAUUCCCUGUUGGCCAACUCCUCUGACCCUGUGGAGAUGAGAAGACUCAACUACCAGACUCCAGGAAUGAGGGAGCACCCACCCAUUCCCGUUGCCGACCUGGCUGACCACAUAGAGCGACUGAAGGCGAACGACGGCCUUCGCUUCUCCCAGGAGUACGAGUCCAUUGAUCCAGGCCAACAGUUUACCUGGGAGAACUCCAACAUGGAAGUCAACAAGCCAAAGAAUCGCUAUGCAAACGUCAUCGCCUAUGACCACUCCAGAGUGGUGCUUACUUCUGUUGAUGCUGUUCCAGGCAGCGACUACAUCAAUGCCAACUACAUUGACGGCUACAGGAAGCAGAAUGCCUACAUUGCCACCCAGGGGCCUCUGCCAGAGACACUGAGCGACUUCUGGAGGAUGGUGUGGGAGCAGAGAUCCAAUACCAUUGUCAUGAUGACCAGACUGGAGGAGAAGUCACGGGUGAAGUGUGACCAGUACUGGCCGUCACGAGGAACAGAGACCUACGGGAUGAUCCAGGUCACCAUGCUGGACACUGUCGAGUUGGCUACGUACAGCGUCCGCACUUUCGCCCUCUACAAGAAUGGCUCCAGUGAAAAGAGAGAGGUGCGUCAGUUCCAGUUCAUGGCCUGGCCAGAUCAUGGUGUGCCAGAGUACCCCACGCCCAUUCUGGCCUUCCUAAGGCGGGUAAAGGCCUGCAACCCUCCAGAUGCUGGGCCCAUGGUGGUUCACUGCAGUGCGGGCGUGGGCAGGACCGGCUGUUUUAUUGUCAUCGAUGCCAUGCUGGAGCGCAUGAAGCAUGAGAAGUCUGUGGACAUAUAUGGACACGUGACGUGCAUGCGCGCCCAGAGGAACUACAUGGUCCAAACCGAGGACCAGUACAUCUUCAUCCACGAAGCCCUGCUGGAGGCCGCCACCUGUGGAAACACCGAGGUGCCAGCACGUAACCUGUACGCCCAUAUCCAGAAACUCACCCAGCCCCCGACCGGUGAAACGGUCACAGCCAUGGAGCUGGAGUUCAAGAGACUGGCCAACUCCAAAGCCCACACAUCACGCUUCAUCAGCGCCAACCUACCCUGCAACAAGUUCAAGAAUCGCCUGGUCAACAUUAUGCCCUUUUGAGGUCCCACCCGUGUCUGCCUGCAAGCCACUCCGGGUGUCGAGGGCUCCGACUACAUCAACGCCAGCUGCAUCGAUGGCUACAGGCAGAAGGCUUACCUGGCCACACAGGGCCCCUUGUCUGAGACCACAGAGGACUUCUGGAGGAUGCUGUGGGAGCACAACUCCACCAUCGUCGUUAUGCUCACCAAGCUACGAGAGAUGGGCCGGGAGAAGUGCCAUCAGUACUGGCCGGCCGAGCGUUCAGCCAGGUACCAGUACUUUGUGGUGGAUCCGAUGGCUGAGUACAACAUGCCCCAGUACAUCCUCAGAGAGUUCAAAGUCACAGAUGCCAGGGAUGGUCAGUCCAGAACAAUCCGCCAAUCGUUCACUGACUGGCCUGAGCAGUGUGCCAAAAACUGGGAGGGCUUCAUUGAUUUUAUUGGACAAGUGCACAAAACCAAGGAACAGUUUGGACAGGACGGACCAAUCACGGUACAUUGCAGUGCUGGGGUGGGCAGGACUGGAGUCUUCAUCACCCUCAGCAUCGUACUGGAGAGGAUGAGGUACGAGGGCGUGGUCGACCUGUUCCAGACCGUGAAGACUCUUCGCACCCAGAGACCUGCCAUGGUGCAGACAGAGGACCAGUACCAGUUGUGCUACCGGGCACUGGAGUACCUGGGAAGCUUUGACCACUAUGCAACGUAACCACUCCCACCGAACAGCCUCCCUGGUCUGACCUCUCAGGAGUGUGCCAAGUGUCCCAUCUCAGCCGCCAUCCACUCACUUGACCCCCCCCCCAAGCCCUUGAAACCCCGCCCCCUCGCAGCUGCCAGAGGGGAGAGGACAAAGGGACACGCUUAAGACCCGCCAACGGGUUUCAACCAAUCACAGAGAUCCACGCCAACUUAACAAGCCGACCGACCGACCGACAAAACCACACGAGUUUUGCUUUAAAACUAAAACCAGAACCGCGACGGAGACUCUGAAUCUGAACAGUUGUACAGACGCCAUGACGCAGACGGUCAGCUGACCUCUGCGCUCUGUCCAGCCAACCUCCCUGAUUGUCAAAGGCUACUGGUAGCACUAAGAGAGGCUUCUCUCUGUCUUUUUGUUAAUUUUAUUGUCAAUAUUCUGAUUCAUUAUGUCAAAUGUUAUUGUCUAGUAUACAUUAUGUUGUUUUUAUUAAUCAUUUUAACAUCAGACAUUUACUCUGUCUUAAACUGCCCAGUCUGGGUUGUGCAUUAAUGUCAAACAUCAGUACUUUUUUUGUUUUUAUUUUAGGGUACUUUAGCACAAGGGACAUGUGUUUUGAACAUGUUCCUCGGUACUAAUCCAGGAGGACCACUGUUCUCUGAGCUGCUCAUGGGUUUCUUUGGUCUUGUGUUAUUCAUAUCGUGUGUUGCUUUGGUCUUAUUCAGUUCAACACCACAUUAGGAAAUUGCCUUUUUACUUGCCGUUAACGAUAAAGACAACUGAUUUCAGAGCACACAAACCCGCAAAAGUCCUGUAAAUGUGGUAGCUAGUUGAAAAAACAAGUGAAUUAGCUAACAAGAGACUAAAUCAGCGAUGUACAGAAAUGGAAAGCACAUGAUUUCUACAUGAUUUUUGUUUUUUCAUCAGAAGCCUAUGGUAUUGAGGCCUUCAUGCUCCACAGCGGAGAAUUACCUGAGGAAAACAGACUUUUGUACCCAAAGGGUAGUCGACACAAAUCGAAUUAAACACACACAAACUGCCCUGAUCUCUGAAUCUUGUUCAAGUCCCUCCCAUCUCCUCGCUGCCCAUUAGCCUGAUCCAUUUGCUGGAGUUGAACCAAACGGAGCAUAAGGAGCGGACGUGGGCUGAGGAGUCGAGCCAUCAACGCUUGCACCUGUACAGAAUCAACCAUUCCUACCAGAAGGAAAGAGACUCAGCCCUUUGGACUGAAACCUGAUAUUAUUUUAUACAGAAAUAGAACUAAAUAUAUAUAAAUAUAUAUAUAAAUUAUGAUUGAUUAUAUAUACAAUUACAUAGAUAUAUACACAGCUUCAAAGUAUAUUGUUAAAAGGAUUCAUUCUGCUGAUCUAGCGACCCUGGAGAGUGUGCAGGAGCCUGCUGUCCUAGAGUGUGUAUUAAUGGAACACCAUUGUAUCUACUGUGCUACCAUAGUAACUUUGACAGCUGGUUGUCCGUCUGAAUGAGGAAAAACAGCACAACCCUCCCCCCCCCCCACCCAUCAGAAGGGGCUGACUCCGCCUCCAGCACGCACAUCGACCUCCCCACAGACCACAGGAGGUGGAGCAUCUGACCUGAGGCCCCGGGUGUGGCGGUGGCGGUGGCGGCGGGCGGCGGCGAUGGAAGGGAGGGAGGGGGGACUUGAAAAACGCUGGCGAAAAACAAAUAUGUUCAUUUUUACCUUGUGAAUGCUUAGUGCUGUAGGGGUUUGAUCUGUUGUACACAGUCUGUUUUCUAUUUGUUGAUAAAGAACUGGAAUUUAAAAAGAAACUGUUGAUGAAAAAUCGUUGAUGUUAAUAAAGUUAAAUAAUUGGGUUUUUGUACAAA